CACAAACUCCCCCGCCUUCCUCUCCUUCAAUCACUUCCAGCUAGCUAUCCUCUCUUCAUUCACAAGCAUAUAUAUAUAUAUAUAUAUAUUACACAUUUUUCAGUCAAUUUCUUUAAUUUUUAUGGGUGAAGACUCACAAUCCUAUCUCCUCUCUUCGUUUUCAUCAUCAUCAUCAUCAUCAUCAACCAAUACUAAACAGAAGCUUCACACUCACUGGUUCUCUUCUUCUUUUCAUUGUACAUCUCUUCCCGCUUACAAUAUCGAACAAAAUCCCAUUUUCGUCCGUUGAUUGCCUAGGCAGAUUUCCCCAAACUGUCGACGUCCGUGUUCUCCCGUGAUUUAUUUGGUAUCAUUAAUUAGAAUUGACGGUAUCCAAUCCUUGUAACAUCUGCAACCGCAACAUCCACCAUGCAUCCGAUUCUCUUCCCGUCUUCAUCGUAUAUCACAUACAUCAGCCUCAUUGUACUCAUUCUCUGCAGAGGCAUAUCGGGGGCUACAUUUACGCUAAUCAACCGAUGCGAGUUUACUGUGUGGCCUGGUACCCUGGCCAAUGCCGGCAGUAGCCCGUUAGACAGCACCGGAUUCGAGCUUGGGCCGGGCAGUUCUCGGGUCUUCCACUCGUCAACCAGCUGGUCUGGCCGGUUUUGGGGUCGGACAGGCUGCUCAUUCGAUCCAUCAACAGGCCGGGGAAGCUGCCUCACAGGCGACUGCGGCUCCGGACAGAUUGAGUGCAAUGGUGCUGGAGCACAGCCCCCUGCUACCCUUGCGGAGUUCACUGUAGGAUCAAGCUUCGGCACUGGCCAAGACUUCUAUGACGUGAGCCUCGUGGAUGGAUACAACCUCCCUAUGUUGGUGGACACGAGCGGCGGUUCGGGAUCAUGUGUAUCAACGGGCUGUGCCGCCGACCUGAACCGGGCCUGCCCAGCAGAGCUCCGGGGUGGGUCAGGCGGGGGCUGCAAGAGCGCCUGCGAGGCGUUUGGGAGCCCGGAGUAUUGCUGCAGUGGGGCGUUCGCCACGCCAGACACCUGCAAGCCGUCAGUGUACUCGGAGAUGUUCAAGGCAGCGUGCCCGAGAUCAUAUAGCUACGCAUACGAUGAUGCUACGAGUACAUUUACUUGUACGGGGGCGGAUUAUACGAUCACAUUCUGCCCCCCCUUGUCCUCGAGCAAAAAGUCUUUGACGCCAAAUGCACCUUCGACCACGGGGACGACAACGCCCGGUGGAACCCCGACGAGCUCAGGUUAUGCACAGUCACCGCCAGAUGAGAGCGAUUCGAUCUUUCCGUGGUUGCCCGAUUUUGCAAACGGAGAUGCGCCGAGGACCCUCUCCAUAGAUCAUGAUUUAACAAUAUUAUUAUGCAUCUCCAUUUUCUACAUGUUGUUACUACAUUGAUUCUAGUUAGCUCUUGAUCCCAAAUCCAACAUAUAUCUUCUCCUGCACUUGUAAUUGGAGAGAGUUCCCACACUGUAAAGAGAGAGCGAAUUAUUUUCCAGGCCAUGUGUAGAGAAAUAUUAUUUAUAAAAAUGGAGAUUCUCAGAGCAAAUUAGACCGAUUUA